GUCUACUUCUUUGAAGAAACUCAAUCACUGAAGAUACAGUGUGAAAGUCUACAACAACGAGUUGAUAUUUUAACCCAAGAAUUAUCCUGCCGAGAUGAAGAAGUAGCCAUGCAUCAAAAGGUAUUAAAGUGAAAUUGUAGAAGGGUUUUGACUUUUGGAAAUUUCCAUCUGUACUAUAGUUUAUAUACUGGUUAUAAGCCUAAGUGUAAAUGGCCAAAAUCCUGAUCAUAAAUUGAAAUGUCUUUAGUCUUUACUCUUAAUUUAGAUUUUGCAUUUUUAGUAGUUGCUGUAAUGAACUUUUAUAAUUACAUUUGUUUCCCGUUCACAAAUUACGAAAUGGUUGACAAUUGUAAACAAGAAAUAGAAAAGAAAUACUAAAACUAAAAGUUGAACAUAUUUAAUUUUAAUUACGAAAUUUAUUAAUAUUUAAAAUUAAUGGCGAAAUUUCGCCAUUUUUGUCUGUUCCUGAACUGGUGAAGAUCCGUGCUUCCUGUUCGUUGAUGUUUUGUAACUCCAUACCAUGGAAAACGUCAUUAAAUUUCAGGACAGUCAUUCUAGUGAGUGUUGUUCAUCCCCAAUUUCGUGUUGUUUACAAAAUUUCAAUCAAAAAUUGGUUUUCCGCCAUCUUUAGAAAGUGCCAAUGUGCCCAGAUGCGCCCUAAGUGUUAUUUUACUCAGUCCAGGCCAAAAUUCAUGUGGACACCCAAUCUACUUUUGCAAAAUCCUAACAAACAGCUAAAACUUAACUUUUUUAAUUUGUGAUGCUGACUUAAACAAUCGUGCACACACGCACAAAUUUCAAGGUGUAAAAUGUUGUGUAUUGCUAUUUGCAGGAAAUAGACAACGAGAGACAGGCUCGUGCAGAACAUGAUUUUAUGGCGCAGAAACUGAUUAUAAAAGUUGAAGAAUUGCAAUCUCGAAUACACAAUAAAGAUUUUAAAUCUGAGCAUUACGAUGAAGAGCUGUGGUAAGUAGCGACGACAAACCUGCUCUCCGUGUACGCAAGGAAAAGUUGAAAUCUUUCUAAAUUUUAUACAAGUACUAAUUACCUCAACAAAUGCAUAUUAAAUCACACAGAAAACUAAAUUAUAUCCUUUUAUUCAAUUACCGGUAGUUAUUUCAUAAGUAAAAUUUAAAUUAAACUUUUCCCUGCGUACACGCACGUAUGAAAAACGCUUAACGGGAAAGCAGCCUUUUUAGGGAAAAUGUUUCCAGUUGCGUAAAUAUAAGAAUUAUUUUUACUUGAACGAAAUAAUUGGUAGAUCGUGUAGACGCUCUACUAAUUGAGUAUCAGGUGACAAGUUUUACUUACGUAGGAUUUUAUUAGUUUUGAGUUUGCUGUCAUAACUGAUUACGUUCACUUUCAUCUUGUGAUCAUCAAGAUAUUGAAAAAUAAGGAAUCGACGUAAAGAAAUCGUUGUUUCAACUUUCGCUAAGUUAUCCGGUUAUGUAAGAAAUCAAUGUUUCACCUUUCGCUAUCACUAUACAACACGUGUUUAAGUUUCACUUUCACUAUCGCGUAUUAAGCCUGGUUUCCAUAUAGUCGUAAUGCUCGUAAAAAUAAAGUCACGAUCUUUCUCGACAGCCAGUUUAUAAUAGUUUAUACCUGUAAACCACAUAUAAAUCAUAAGUAUUCUCUAGUUAGAAUCACUCCGCGUAUUUUCAGUUCUAAAAUGUUGUAUUUCGGCUGAUGAGAAAGAUCAUGACUCAAUCUGUACGACCAUAUGGAAAGCAGGCUUUACCUGAACCUUUAUGUAUAUAUUUUGAUGUAUAGUGAUCGUCAAGAUAUUGAGAAAGAAGUUAUGUAUUUACGUAAAGAAAAUGUUGUGCUCGAGGCUUCAUUGAACAGUAAAACAAAUGAGAAUGUUGAAAUUCAGAAAGAGGUAUUUAUAGCAUAGCACUCCUCCCCCUCCCCCUUGUUCUUAAACCGGUAACCGCUUGACAUCUGAAGCCCUGAUCAAACGAGGAUGAGAGUACAAGAGAGUUGGCAGUCACACAACAGUUGUUCUUAAUGCUUUCCCAACACUAUCAUGAUUGUAUUUUAUGUUAAAAGUAGUUGGAACACUAAACCUUAAUUUUGUUAAUCUAGAGCUUGUCAGCUUGAAAUAUGCUCUGUAACAUUGCGUGACUACCAACUCUCACUAUCUAGUAUUGGCAUGCUCGAUGGGGAAAUUAUUUGUAAGGCGUAGUAAGAUUUCUUGAUUUAAAAAUCCUCUUUUUUCUUGAUUGAUUUCUAUAAAUUAGUAGAUGAUUUUCGGUAAUCGAUUAUUUUAAAAUUUGAAUUUACCCCUUGAGCAAGCUAAUCAGUUAAUUGUUCAAUUUAGUUUGUAUCUACAACGUAAUCUUUUUCUUUUUGGUGGGACUUAGUUAUAAAUGGACUUAUGUUCUGUUGUCCUUACCAUCUAUCUUCAUUUAUGAUUAUAAAACUCAUUAAUAAUUCAUGAGGAAAAUACAAAAGAAAUGAAUGUUUAAUCAAUGUUUAAUCCAGGGCAUUUUUUAACUAUAUAACUGGGGGGGCCAAAGCCCCCCCAGUCCCCAUGGUGGCCCCCCCCCACUCAACCAUUUUGGCCCCCCCCCCAGACAAAGUCCCUUUUCUCUAAAAUAUAAGCAAAACAUGGAAUUUAGAAGGGAGGUUUGAUAUUCUAGUAACUGAAAUUUGCUUUGUGAAUCUUAUGUCCUGUCUUUUAUGUUUAAUAAAUACCUUAUUAGAUUUUAAACAUUUCCCAGGCAGUGGAUUGCAUUUCCCAGACCCUAUAGAUUUGAGUUGUUGGACAAGUUAGUGACCGCAGGGGGCAACAGGCUCUCAACCAAGUGUUUUAUAAGGGGAGGGAGGGGGAUAAUUUUGGCCCCCACCAAAAAAAAAAUUUGAUUUCGAAACUAGAAGUAUUUGAAAUCAUAUAUACAUAUAAUCAAAUAUCUGUAAUCGAUAUUUUGAUAACAUUUCUCGUAAUAAUCCAUCCUUACUCGCGGAUAUCAUAGACUCACAAAUCAUAAUGAACGAAUUAAUGAAAGGGCCUAACAAAAGACGUAUAGAAGACUUUGAAAAUGCCAUUUCCGACGAUUUAGAGACGCACACUUUUCAAAAUUUUUCCGCUCUGUGCCAACCAUGGUGGCGCUUCGUGGGAGUCGGGAACUCUAAGUUUAUCAAGCUGGCUCCCUAAGUGACGGCCAAGUUGUGGUAUCUACAUAAACAUACUAUGCAAGUCAGCAAGUACUUAACUGAAGGUUCAGUCUAUCUACAGCAUAAUGUAAUGCUGUAUAUCCAAAAAUCUGUUUCAGAAAAUGCAGGGAAUUGCAGUCAUAGGGGUAGAAAAAUACAAAAAUUUUCUGGGAGAGAAAACUUCAGACCCUCUCCAGGGGGGGGGAGGGGGGCUGGGGAGCUGCAGCCCCUAAUAAUUUGCUAAUAAUCAUUCAUUUUUCAAAAUCAUGCAGACCUUUAUCAUUUAAUCCAUGACAAACUGCAAAGAAUGAAGAUAUUACCCAUACUUUCCUGCAACUUAUCCAAUAUAUCGUUAAUUAAAUACGCCUUCGCCCAUUUAGUACUACUGAAUUCUAAAUUUCCACAUACUAAAAACGCUGUUUUCUGACAAUCAGAAAUCUGUCAAAUCUUCCCCAAAGUCCAGGAAAUGGCAUUUCAGAGACUCUAAAUUUAAAAAUUUCCUCGGGCCUUCGGCCCUCGCUUUCAGCCCCCCCCCAAACGAAAAGAGCUUCCUACGGCCCUGCUCUUCCCCCCCCCCCUACUAUUAAAUUCGAUACCGCACCAAACUUUUGUUACCAACAAACCAUCUAUCAUUGCUCCACACUCGGUAUAGUAUGGUCCCUUUUUGUAGAUGGCCCCCCCACUGACGAAUUCUUAAAAAAUGCCCUGGUUUAAUCAAUGUUUAAUCUCGCCUUCGGCUCGAGUUUGUAUAUCAGAUAAAGAUCGGCUGCUCAUGUUUUAUCUAGUACUUGUUAAGCAAUUAAAAAAACAACUCUCUGUCUCAUUCUUGUUUGGCUAAAGGCUGGCACAGUGACUCCUCUCCGUUACUCCUCUAAAUGAGCAUGAAUCUUUUCCCUGCUGCAGAUGGUGUUCAAACAACCUCUGAUGUUGUUUUUACUCCACUCUUUAUAAAAUUCUAAACUGUACAUCUGUUAGUGGCUAAUAAGCAUGACAAAGUGCGCAUAUGAUGUGAAAAUAGAUAAAAGUUUAUUUUAAGUUCGUCCAGGCUCCAUGCAUGCAUAUACACUACUGUAUCUUGUGGCUCUAUCUCAUUUGUUAUAUAAAUGAUAACCAUAUAGCGAACAUUAUUUGUCCUUAGGUGCAGUCAUGUAAGCAAACAUUGGCGCUUCUGAAACAAGACAAAGAAUAUCUAAAUAAACAAUUGACUGAAGUCACGACAAAAUGUAAAGUAUUUGAAGAACAAGUUAUUGUUCUUAAUCAAGAACUUGGAAAAAUAAAACAAGACAGAGAAGAAUUGUAUGAGAAAUACAUUUCUGUAAGGUAUGUAAUGUAUAUGUAAAACUUUAUUUAAUGACGCUAUAGCCUUGUCGACAGCAGGCGUCGCUAUAACACAAGAAAAGGAUAUUUACAAAGAAAGAAAAAUCGGUCGUAUAUUAAGAUCUAUAAUUGAUUCUAUCUAACAAUAUAAUUGUUUUACAAAAUUUUUGAAAGAGUAAAUAUUGAUUGCGCUAUUCCAAAGUUUAACACCACUGUACUUAAAGCUUUUUUUAAGAAAUUCGCGUCUCGGUUUAGGAAGGGCCAGAUCAGUGUGAGCAUUUCUGAGGUCAUAAUUAGUUUGUAGAGAAUUCCUCCUCAUCAAUAACUCUUUCAAAUUUGAUGCACUACAAUCGUUCACAAUUUUGUAUAAUAAUGUUGCCUUACUCAUACCUCGUCUUGAAUCUAAAUUUUCCCAUUCAAGAGCCCGAAGAACGUCAGCAGACCUGAUCUCAUUAAAUAAUCCUUUUAAUGUCGCAUAUAUCGAACAAAACGUUUGUUGUCAAUAUCAUUAUCAGAUAAUAACUUGCUUACCCGAGAGAAUAUAAAUCCUAGCGUGGUUUAUAUUUUUUGCUGAUCGACCUACCUUGGUGCGACUGUAUCUAUAGGAGUCCAGAAUGAAAGGUAGCUAUCUAGCUUUUGUGUUAGGAACCAGUAUAGGACGCAAGAAAACGGACGUGCCUUUGACGGAGCGUAUAUCUGAAAUAGCUGGCAGAUCUCCAGAUAAUUGUUUAUUUGCAUGCAGGACUCCUUCUCCAUCAGAUAACAGCUCUUAUGUGCAUGCUGGUCUACAUGUUUCGUCAAGCUUUGAUUAAUUCUAAUAUUCUAUAGAGUCUUAGUUAGAGCGUGGUUAGAGCCAAUGUUGUUGCACGAUGAAUAUGUAAAGGAUAGUAUAAUAGCGUUCAUUUCAAUUCGUUUGUUCACACAGGGCUGUAGCUACCCAGGCUUUAUACAACCGGUUCUAUAGAAACCAGGCAUGAGAGCCAGGGGCUGGUUGAACAGGAUAUUUCUCAGUGGAUCCUCAGUGUCUCUUAGGAAAUUGGGUUGACCCAACAUCCAUUGUACUUAAAAAUGGAAUAGAAAUGUUGUUCUCUUCUAGAGAGAAGUAUAAAUCUGAAUACGAAAUGAAGUUAAGAGAUGAACUGGAUGUAAUUACAACAAAGACAAAUACUGAGUUGGAUAAAAUUAAAAAUAAUACUAAAGAAAUGUAUGAGAGAGAAAACAGGUGAGAAGUAUAAGACAGUAAAGAUAUAGGUAUGGUUUCAACUACCUAAAAAGAAAAAGAGUAAGCCUAGUACUAAUAUAUUACCUUCGGCUGCACAGGAUACAAACACAUUAACGGUUUGUAUAUAUUAGUUUCCUAUAAACACAGUUAGUAACCUCGUGUCUAUAGUGUUGUUUUAGUCCAUAUCUUGGAUUUCUCAGGACGUUUCGGACAUUUAUAUCGUCUUAUAGUUUCUAACUUUAUUCUUUGUAAGAAACUUAGUAUUUCUUCUUUUCGAAUGUUCAAUGCAUGUCAAUGUCAGUUUUGCAUAACUUGUAAAGUAUAUUAUAAUAUUUGUAAUAAGACGUCUCGAUGCAAAAGAGCCAUGUAUUUUUUAUGAUUUUUCCACCAUGUAUUUUUCAUAAAUUUUCAAUGAUUAAUUUCCCAAUGAAAUUUUACAGAGCCAUUUUUUACUAAUUUAUUCUUCAAAAAUUUAAAAUCUUAGAAACUUGAGAGAAGCAAGAGACAAUGCACUUGCAGAAAAAGACAGAGCUGUACAUGCUGAACAACAGAUGACGUCACGAUAUGAACAGGUGUUCCAAGAGUAGGUAUUCCAACCAAGACUCGCAGGUUUUGUAGUGUUAUAGUGUAAUUAUCUGCAUCUCUGAUCUAGUUCCAGUCUUCACUAAGAUAAAAGAUCUGUACUUACUAGAUUGUUACCCUAUUAAAGGACUGGCACGAGUAUUGACCUUUUGCCGUUAUGGAGAACUUAGUGAAGUCGACAUUGUGGUUUAGAUUUUGGUUGAGAAUGUGGGAACUGUUGCUCACAAAUGUUUUCCAUUUGUUCCCUGAACCUACACACCUGACCCCCUAAAAAUAUAACAUAUUUGUCUGCAGAAUAGUCAUGAUCGCGAAUUUAUAAGUAACUUGUGAUAAAAAUUCUGAUAAAGUAUGCAAACAUAACUUUCCUGCAUGUUUAAAAGAUAAGGAUCUUCCUGAGACAGUCCACUCGACGAUUUUAUUUAUUUUAACUCAAAUGUUAUAAAAUAAUUGAACAGGAGUCAACUUAUACAAAAUAUUUAAAACUGCUGCUUCAACAAGAAGAACGGACAUGAUAAUAAGCGAACUGUGAACAUGCAACAUUAAUUACAAUUCAAAUACAGUAGUCAAGCAAGACUGUUCAGCAGGCAAGCAAGACUUUUCAGUAGUCAAGCAAGACUUUUCAGUAGUCAUGCAAGACUUUUCAAGAGUAGUCAAGCAAGACUUUUCAGUAGUCAAGCAAGACUUUUCAGUAGUCAAGCAAGACGUUUCAGUAGUCAAGCAAGACUUUUCAAUAGUCAAGCAAGACUUUUCAGUAGUCAAGCAAGAUUUUUCAAUAGUCAAGCAAGACUUCUUUUCAGUAUUCAAGCAAGACUUUUCAGUAUUCAAGCAAGACUUUUCAGUAGUCAAGCAAGACUUAUCAGUAGUCAAGAAAGACUUAUCAGUAGUCAAGCAAGACUUUGCAGUAGUCAUGCAAGACUUUUCAGUAGUCAUGCAAGACUUUUCAGUAGUCAUGCAAGACUUUGCAGUAGUCAUGCAAGACUUUGCAGUAGUCAUGCAAGACUUUUCAGUAGUCAUGCAAGACUUUUCAGUAGUCAUGCAAGACUUUUCAGUAGUCAUGCAAGACUUUUCAAUAGUCAGGCAAGACUUUUCAGUAGUCAUGCAAGACUUUUCAGUAGUCAAGCAAGACUUUUCUGUAGUCAGGCAAGACUUUUCAGUAGUCAAGCAAGUUGAUGGGCGGGCGGCACACAUGACCGACAACUCGGCAUCAGAGCUGGCAGAGCACUUCCUCCCCCCUAUCAGAUCAUGCUGGAUCCAUCCCUGUCUUAGGAUGACCCCAGGAAAUGAAUUCUUUCAUCGUAACAAAAUGUGUUUUUUUGCCAGAUAUAGAGAGCUGCAGGGAGCAUCUGACAGCAAGGUGACAGAACUACACAGUGAUUUAAAACUCAAACAAUUUGAGUUGGAUCGUUUACAAAUGUUAUACGAGGAAACAUCGCAAAGUUUAAAACAAGCUAAUGUUGAUACGACGAAAUAUCAACACAAGUUAGAGGUAGGUCACUUUGUACGUUGUGUUAAUGUUUUCUCAUGUUUGCAUUGUACGUUGUGUGUAAGCCAAGCGUGUCUUAGUAACCUUUUGUGUUAGAAGCUAUAUAUAUACGCAUACUCAUUUGACAUUAAAAACACUGAAAAUCGUAAAAUAUGGCCAAUCAUGUAUAUUAAAACCAGUGGCGCGGUCACUUGGGAGAUCCCUCCCCGACCCCCUAGUGCUCGCCGGACUAAAACAUACACAUUUUGUCCUUCAUUCACCAACUGGAAUACUUGGUUUGAUAUCACGUGAUACAAGGGACAUGUUUCCAUGCAUAAUUCCUGACACAUUACCGUUUUGGCACAAAAACGUCUUUUCGUGCGUUGGUUUAAUCUACAGUCCACAUAGCCUAGUCCCAGGCCUUCCCGCGUGACUGGGUCAGUUUUCAACCACGCAAGAAGGCUUAGCGAAAUUUGUGAACUUGGUUUUAGUCCUAAAUUCAUAACCUUGCCUGAACUGCCAGUGCGUGUAUUUCCUUCGGUAUCGAAAUAUCUUCAUUGUUCAUCUCAAACACAGUUCAUACUCAGGGCCGCUCGAAGGGCAAAAAUUGUUCCACGAAGAGUGACUUGUGCUACGCUUCGCUGACCGUCUCUCCCCAGCGUGCCUAGCAUCGCGGAAGCGAAAAGCAUGCGGGAACUAGACUGCAGUCCACACUACCCAUUGACACGGGCUUAAGAGCUGGUAUGCCUGAAUUUAGACACUUAUUGUGCAGUCAAACCUGUUAACUUUAUGAAAUGGGUUAUGAAAAUAAGUCUCUGUCUACUGUAUCUUCUUUAUCAGGUUUUAAACAAAGAGUUCUACACUUUGCAAGCAUCUACUGACAAACAGAUUAAUGAACUACAGUCUACGAAUACUGAUGCAACGAAGAAACUUUCAAUAUAUGAGAAACUGGAACAAGAACUGGAUGACGUCAUAUUACAGGCAGCUCAAUGUAGGUAUUUAUGUCAAUGAAGAUGUAUCAGAAAUUAUAGCGUCAAAUUAGAAUUAUUAUUAUUGUUUUCAUACGGAGUCCAUUUCACAAAAUGUGCUCUUCCAUGGAGCCAUGCACACUAAAAUAUCGACAUAGUACAAUUACAAUUACUAUUACGAUGACUGUGAAGUGUAUAAGAGCUGUGAAAUAGAAAGAGUUUUGAUUUUUGUUUACUCUUCAAGCUACUAAAAAGUGUUGCCAAAGAAGCGUAAUAGCCUUCUCCGCAGGUAUCUUUAUGCGUUUUAGCCUGCGAAUGGGUGUUCGAAAAAAAUAUUUCUCCCGAGAGAUGCUUGUGGAUGAAGGUAGAAGCGUAGUAUUGCCGUUUGUAACUAUCCCUCUCUAAUAGACACCCCUAUUAAACGCCCCUCUUCAUCAUUUACGUUCAUUAUUUAGUGGAAAGUGAAGUGGAUGCAGAGAGAGUAUUGUUUGCGUAUGGUUAUGGCGCUAAUGUACCAAGUACUGCCAAGAGAAGGAUGCAACAGAGGUAAGAUGAAAUUGCUGGCUGGCAAUCAAAACUAUGGAUCACAUUGUCAGCCUCAAUUUCAAGCUGUUGUUUCAUUUGCACCAAAGAGAAUUUGGAAAGUGUCUAUUUUAGUUUUUAAUGAGUGUUCCCACUUUAGAAUGUUCUGAACAUUGAAGUAUAAGCAAAAAACCCACAACAAAAACAGAACUAAGGGUUAUGGCAAUUCAUCUACCAACGGGCUUUCACAUCUUUUUCAAGCUGGCAAGCAUCAACCACUGAUUUAUACUAUAACUAUACUAAUCAGUAUGUCUAAGCAAACGUUAUUGGUAUCAACAUUGAGGAAUUCGUACUAAUAUAUCCGCAAUUCCAAGUCGUGUUUCGGAAUGAUAGGGACACAACCACCUGAAAAAUACAAGGAGAAGUGCCUUCGCUCGAAACGGUCCAAGUUCUCCUUGUAUUUUCAGGUACCGUUGUAUCCCUAUAAAUCCGAAGCUUUCCUAUUAUAAUUAUUGCCACUACCUACACUGGCACAAACCGGUCAAGAUUAUUUCCAAGUCAACAUCUAUUUGGUACCCUAAUUUGCUUAACAUAACUAUUAACAUUAUUUCCAUUGAUGAAAAUCUGGAUUUACGGGUCGAAAGCUUCGCCAAAUAAAUAAUAUUAUAAUCAUUGCCAACACAAAUAAUUAGUGAUUUCUGUAUUAUUAAUUUCUAUCUCAUCAAGUAUUCAUCUUGCUCGUCGUGUGUUGAAGUUAGAGAGAAUGAAUACAACAUUGCAAGGACAGCUGGAGGACGAGAAAAGGAAGAGAGAUGAACUUUUACAAGAGGUAAAGGGUUGCUUUGUAAAAACCACCAAUAUAACUUGUUCUAGCUCUCAAUUUAAGAUACUCAUGUAAAUUAUUCAUAACUCUAACCCCAAUCCAUGCAUUUACCUUAACCCUAAUUCGUACUUUAAUCUUAUUCUUACAAUUGCAAAUGUUACAAUUAUUGUUGAAAUUUUUGUCAGCCCUAUAUGGAUACCAGCCAUGUGUUGAAUAGGCCAACUUGCAUGUAUAAAGUUUACCAUGCCAUGCCAUGACCAUGACCAAAAGUUGUGCAUCAAUGUUGUGACGUCAUUUCGGUAUAUAUUUACACGGAAGUGAACAACAAUCUUAAAAAUCUUCAUUGCACGAUAAAUUCCUUGUAGUCGAUGAUAAAUUAUGUACUUCAUAUUGGCUAGCGCCACGUUUUUAUCCGUUUAUUAAAGUAUUAAUUAAUAUUCUUCAAGGAUUUUUGUAGAUGGAAAUUCGAGCGCAAGAUUAUAAUUUACACCUAACCAGGAGCAGCUGCGAAAAAUGCAACUAUAGAGCCUCUGGCAGGAAUCCAACCUGCGGGCUACAGAGCUCUAACCAACUGAGCUACAGAGUCCAGUUUGUCGAGCUCUAAGUUCUUGUAUACAUAUACAAAUUUAGUAUUUUUACACAUUCAAGUGAACAUAACAAAUCCUACAAAUUGGUCAAAUUUGACGUAUUAAGCUGUUAUAUUCACCUUAUAGGUGAAUAUAACAAAACCGAAAUUUUCAAAAUGGCGGCUAGCCGUUGUGUGGCCAUUAUACUGAUAAAGAAAUAAGCAAAAUUAAAAUAAACUCAGUCCCAAAAACACAAAAAUACUAAAACAAUUAUUCGCCUCAGGCUCGGUGAUUAUCGGGGAAUAUUCACCUGGACUUCGUCUUGGCGAGUAUUCUCCGAUAAUCACCUCGCCUUCGGCGAAUAAUUGUUAAAUACUGUAUAUACUGGGUGGUGCCAUUAUAAGGUAUGGGUAAAUAUCGUUAUUUUUUGUCAAAAAUUGUAUAUAAUCUUACGCUCGAAAUUUCCAUCUACAAAAAUCGUUCAUCUCUUAGUUAUAUCGAGCGAGAUGGUUCCCAGCAUUACUACACCGUCUGCUGUUGGUUUCUGACCGUUCCAAGAAGACUCGGUCAAAUAUGGAUAUACAAGUCUGUCGACUUUCCAUAUUUGUAUCGCGAAAUGACAUCCUCAGUUCACAAAACUUCAUUUCAAUUUCUAGCUGUCGAAUACAACGAAUAUUCUGAACGAGGCCCAACAACCUUACAAUUAUCUUAUUGAAAGUAUUCGAGUAAGAGAUUCUCAAAUUAAAUCUUUGCAAGAAAAUAAUACUUUGCUCGAAGAAGAUAUCAGGUAACCAACUCUCUAUUAACAGAUAAUGUAUAGAAACUGUCUUAAGGUGGCACUAACCCCAAAGUAAUAUGAUUUUGAUAUGUGUAAUAAUUGGGUCAUCCUAAGAAGAGAUAUAUCUUUAAAGUGAAAAACCUCACUCGGUCAACUUGCUUCCAAUCAAGCUACCGGCUAUCAUCGAUGUCAAUCAUGUCAGUUCUUCACCCUUUGCUUCGACAAUCCGUUCAGGGGCGGAUCUAGGGGUGAUCAGAGCGAUCACGCGACUAAGGUAAAAAUUGGGCAGAAAGUUGUUAAAUUAAAAUAGCAGUCCAGUUAUCAAACUUCGCGCAGUGUAUUGUAUUGAAAGUUUAACAGUCCAGUUCUAAGAUAUCAUCCAGUAGCAAGGCCUUCGAACAUGAACGCGCAGAAAAGCGGUCUUAUAUUACGCAUGAGUUUUGCACGCUCUGAGUCAGAUUCCAGCCAUCUGAUUGGCUAUCUCGAUUUUUGCGCGAUCUGUGGGGAGUUCUGAUCGCUAAAGCGAUCAGGGGCUCGAAUACAGGCUAUCCGAUUGGCUAAUUCAAAAAAUCCUCAAUUCCCGUUGGCUGGAUUUUUUUGAUCGAUCAUACCGUUCAGGCUAAUAGUAUGCACGGAAAGGUCUAUGACGUUGCUGGAUCUUUCUGAUCAAGCAGCAGUAUUUAUGUAAAAUUGACUGAAAUAUUAUGUAAAUUUCGUCUCUUAUUAUUAUACGCGUACCCGCCGAUUUUAUAGCAUGUGCGUGUUAUGGCAAUCGGAAAAUUUAUCAGAAGUUCUAAACUAAUACUAGCCAUGUCUGUUGGUAUUUACGAAACCGCAAAGGCUGCUUUAGAGAAAGAUGAUCGACAAUAUCUUAACAAUAUUUUAAAGAUAUGUAACCGAAGCGUUCCAUUAAAGACUUAUUGUGCGCUGUGAACAACACAUAGCAUCAUAGCUGUUGUAGGCUGUAGUGAUUGCGCGUCUGUACCAUAGAUAUCUUAUAUACACUAGAUAGCGCAUCUCUAUUAGUAAAACUGAAGCCAAGAAUAUUCCAGCGGUUACCCCCAUUUGAAUAGAUGGCGGCCAUGUUGGUCGUUCCCACUCGCUAAUAAACGCUUAAAAAUAACAAUAACUUUCAUCAUUUGAAUAGUUUAAAAAUGUAUUUGGUAUAGGUUUUACUAAAUGUUUAAGUUGCCUGUUUAAGAAAUAGAAAAUAUACGAAUCUUCUCAUUUCAUGGGAACGACCUGAGACUGCAAUCACGGCUUCAAUUUUUGAAUUGCAGAAUAACUAGAUGCGCUAUCUAGUGUAUAUAAGAUAUCUAUGGUCUGUACGUAGUAAGAGAUGAAAUUUACAUAAUAUUUCGGUCAAUUUACAUAAUACUGCGGCUUAAUACAAGCAGUUUCAGUUUGUUUAUACUUUGUUUAUGCCUCUUGUGGAAUGUGGGCUUUAUAUAUUGAUCAGAUACUUAAUAAUACUGUAUUAUUUAUGCCUAGUUGUCUAGUAUAUUAAAACUACAAACACAUGACAAUGUGGCAUGGCUUUGUGUAAUACGAUCUCUGUGAAUACUUAUUCAUGGCACAUGUUUCUGCUAUGAAUAAAACUCGAGAAGCAGUGAUUUAAACGUGGAAAUUCUAUUCCUGAGAAUUAACAAUCAAUCAAAUGUUUUAUAAAACUACAUCGCUAUAUGGAGUUAUGUGUUUCCUAGGCAUGCUGACGAGCCCUGAAUUGGGCGAAACAGUAAUUUUUCACGUAACAUUUUUUCGUAAAACUGGAUACAAAUUAAUUCGCUUUGCGACCCCCCCCCCCGUUAAAAGAAUCCCCCCCCCCUCGAUGUUCAGCAACGAAAUUUUUGACUAACGUACGAAAAAUCCUAGAUCCGCCCCUGAAUUAUCCGUUCGUGUUUCAAGAUCCGCCAAUGUAUCUCAAUACUAAUCGUAAUCAUAGCCGACAGAAGCCUCUGCAGAGGAGAGAGAUCUAAUGACAUGUUGUUGUUUGUAGAAAAUUACAGCAAGAGCAAGAUAAACUCGCUGAGAGUAAGAACAAAAUAACAGCGGAUCUUGAACGAUUACUAAACCAACGAGAGGUUCUUAUACUAUACGUAUAAAUAUCUGCUUCCUGUUCUACCUUUGUGAACAUACAUUAAUUAACCAUAAUUCUAAAAAUCUUUCUACCAAAGUACAGUCGCAAACAUCGUCCAUGCAAUGAAACACAUUAGGGCAUUAUAUUGACGGACAAAAAUGUAUUUUUGUAAAUUUCAGGAAUUGGGAGUUAUAAAGAAUGUUGUGCUAAAUUUAAGAUCUCGUGGUAAAGAACCUCCAAGCACUGAAACACGGACAUCUUCAGGCAAAAUGACAUCAUCAAAACAUCUUCCUCAUUCUAUACCUCCUUCGACACAAUUUGUAAGUAGCCACAGUUUUAUAUUAUGCGUUUAACAAAUACAUGUGUAAACAGGUGGAUUAUUCAAAGUAUGAUGAAUCCAAGAAAGCUGCGUCUUUUUGUUUCAUCCCUCCCCUAACUUAAGAAGACAAUUAUUUCAUAAAAUGACUAGGCAUUUUCCCACUUUCUACUCAAUUGUUCUACUGAUUAUGCAUCAAGAUUGAGGAGGAUGUUAAAAUGGAGGAUGUUAAAAUGGAAAUUGAUUCCCCGAGUUUCGACUUGAAUUAAAAACCUGGUUUUAGAUAUGGAUUUGGUUCAUCUGUGAAUUUCAAUAGACAAUAGGUCGAGUGUAGCCUCCUCCGCAGGCAUCUCUAUGGGUUUUAGCCUGCGAAUGGGUGUUGAAAUACUCUGGUGAGAUGCCUGCGGAGGAGGCUAAGGUCGAGUCUAUACGAGGCCACGAAUUUAGUUUGCUCAACAUAUAGUGAUUACCUCGUUGAAUUAGUAACCACAUAAAGGUUUGAUUCGUUCAAACUUCUGAUUAGUUCAAAGAGUUUCUGAUUAGAACCACAAAGUCAAAAAUGACGAGGAGAGUUUCGCACGGCUGAUGAAUAUUCCUCUUUACUAACUUUAAAUAUUCCUCCUCUCAUAAAAGUCCCAUGUUUGUUCCUCGCGAAUUAAAAAACAACUUUCUUGUUGUAGACGAAACAAGACACGCCAUUAUGGUACAAUAAACUGAAACACAAAUACUCAAAAUCAGACGGAUGACGCAAACUUUAUAUUGGAGGACACUUAAAGCAACUAUAGGGAGGUUUACCCAAGGCGCUGCCGACGUCAAAGACGACUUGAAAAUGGCGUGAUGUGCCCAUUUAUGGAUGUGCCCACGCCAUUUUCACGUCGUCUUUGGCGUCGCGUCGUCUUUGCUAAACCUCCCUAAUAUUAAAAUGUGGGUUUGUGUAAUAAGAGAUCUGCACGAACCGUACGCGGCACAUUUGUUGCCACGCGCAACGUCGGAUCAUUUUCAUGAACAAAUGUUGCAUUCUUUGUAUGCAAUGCAGGGCUGUGAGUACUCCGACAAUUAUAACGCGUUUAAUACCAGCUGCUCGUUGCAUUUGUUAUUUUGACCUGUAAUUAAUUACUUUUUUAAUUAUUACAAAAGGAACGCAUCCCUUCAUCAGAGAAAGUUAUUGGUUUUAACUAUUGUGGUGUCCCCGUCAUUCGUCACUUGUAUAAUAUUCUAUUUAUAUUGAAUGCAUUUCAUUCGUGUAAUUUUACCUGGCGAAGUUGAAUAAAGAAAAAAGAAAAAAACAACCGUUGUUAUCCUAACCUUGUGCUUCCACGGUUCCACCUUAUCUUCGUGAAUGUGGCAAUUUGGAUCAUUGAAAUAAAACCUAAUUUUCAUCACCACUGGCUUAUUUUCAUUCCUCUUACAGUAAUACAA